CCAAAAAUAUCAGAAAGUGUUUCUUUGCAAAGAGUUAAAGCAAGAAAACAAAUCGCAUAUGCUAGUAAUAUGCCUGAUGAGCAGUUGCAGAUUGCUGAAAAUAAUUUUGUCGAGCCCGACGAACAACCGUUUGAAAACAACGAAAGGAUAGAACUGGAUGACGGUACCGUAAAUAGCGAUUCUGUUGACACUGAAGCAAUCGGGAAAUUAAUAAUAGAAACGCAAAAACACCAGGCAAAACGCAUCUCCUUAACUGAAGUCGACAAAGCCUCUAUCUUGACACAAUUCAAAGUCGACAAGUAUUGCAAUGCGAAAGGCCAGUGGGAUGAUUCCUCUUUGAAUAGCCUAUCCGUGUACUUCCAGUCAGAACAGACACUUCGAAAGUUUCGUGAUACUGAACUACGUGUCAUAGUUAGAUACAUCAACCGAAAUUACAACAUGAAAAUAAAGGAAAGUGAAAAAAAGGAGGCAAAGUUGCAAACACUAUGCAACUUACUAAGCAUGGAGUACAGUAGCGAUCAAUCUCAUCACCAUUCAAAGCGAUCAAAAAUUCAACAGCCCAAACGUUUGGCAGAACAAGCAUUUAAAAUAGUGUCAAAUCGUUUAAAAAAGAGUGAUCUUAAUAUCAUUUACUCUGAGUACCUUUGGCCACAGGAACUACAAAUGCGGAAUACAGUACACAACACUUCAUGCAUAGGAUUGCAGAAAGAAGAACAAUUCUAUGUUUCGUCUUUCAGUGAGUCAAGAAAACAAUCUGAGGUGAACUGUAUAGACUCGUCCCAUUUGUUGACAAGAAUGAGGCGAAAGAGUGCCAAAGGGGGAUUAGACGGCUUGACAAACGAGGCAUGGAGAACAGUCGCAAAGUCAAAGAAGACGGCUUUGUCUUUGGGAAUGGUUGAUUGUAUUCUUGAGCCUAUGACUGUUUCUGUUGCAAAUACGCAUUUUAGCCAAGCCGUUGAACAUGAAAUGCGCCUAAAUGGAGAUACCAAGGAAGCUGAGCUGUGUGAAGACAUCAGAAAUUGGUGGUUGGCUGAAGAUGAGGCCGGUAUUCCGGCUGAACAACGCAUUGAGCUCCGCUCUAAACUUCGCUCACGCCUAAUGAGUAGUGUGGACUUUUCGAAAUUUCCACCUCCGGGAAUGUUCAUCAAUGGAUGGCCAACACAGCUAUGGGAAGCCGUCAUUGCAAGUAUCGACGCUAAAAAGAUAUUGUAUAGUCUUGUUCCUACACACAAAUACAAUGUACGAGCGUUUUCAAGCAUGAUGGGGGAAACGUUCUUUUCAGAGCUAACGCUUUAUGACCGGCGAGGACAGGGCACGGUCACCAGCAGAGAAUUCGGCCAGUACAUCGAUACCACAAUCGAAAAACUCCACAUGCGUCUUGACCCUGAAAGGCAAUUCUUCUAUACAACCUCGAAAAAGAAUGUGUACAAACUCGUUAGUCAAUAUAACGUCGAUAGCAAAGGUGAAGAUGAAUCAAAAAUCAAGAGCUCUUCCGAUAUUCGUGACCACGAGUUUGACAACCCGGGGAGACUGCGUGUGAAACCGAAGGCAAAAGAGGCCAAAAUGGACUCGAGUCGAAAUGCCGUUGCCAGGGGAACUUUAGGUGUACGGUGGGAAUGUGCGAGGAGAAACGAAAGCAAGUUAUUGCCUACGUACAGACUUGGACUAGACAUGGAAGAAAUUUGAUAAGAAACCGCCUUUCUGAAGAAUUCCGUGUUUUAGUAGCUUGACUUGAGCGAGAUAUAUAUAAUUAUUCAUGUGCAUAGUGUGUUAUUUUUUUCCCGUAUUUAAGUUAAUUGUGUCGUGUUCUGAGACAACUGGGCAUAAUGCUUUUGCGCGAAUUUGUCAUCCCAGAUUAGCCUGUGCAGUGCGCACAGACUAAUCAGGGACGACAUUUUCCGCUUUAAUGGAAUUUUUUGUUUAAAUAAUGUCUCUUCUUAGCGAAAAUAUGGUUUAGGCGGAAAGUGUCGUCCCUGAUUAGCCUCUGCUGACUGCACAGACAAAUCUGGGGCGACACUACGCGGAAAAUGUCGUCCCUUAUUAGCCUAUGCUGACUUCAUAGCCAAAUCUGGGACGACAUUUUACGCACAUGCAUUAUGCCCAGUUUUCUCAGUACACGACACAAUUGUGCUGAAUAUUUAUCUCACUCAAAUAAAUGCUAAUGGUAUGU